AUGAAAGGAUUUAUCGGAAUACUCGCCUUGGCUUACUUGUUCCACUAUGCAGACGCUCAGAUCACUGCAUGGACGAUAACAACGGGCACUGUAGCUGGAACAAAUGGUGCAAUUGUUUCUGGAUCAGUCACCGCCGCGAUCUCGGAAACAAUCGCUGCCGGAGGAACGCUUUUCACUGCAGCCGCAACGGGAGUCGCAACGACCGGUUCUCCAUACGCCAUUACCACCGGUAACACCGGUGAUGUGAUGGCGAUCAGUUCAACCGGUGUAGUCACAUUGGCUACCGGAAAGAGCCUCGACUUUGAAACCACGCCUAAAUAUACCUUAACAAUAACAGCAUUGGCUUCGAGUGGGGGUACAACAGGGACAUUGACUCUUACCGUCAACAUCAAAAACGUCCUCGAGUUCGGACAGAACCAGUAUGGUGUAUGUAUGUCUGACGGAGCGACCGCAGACACGACUGUCGGGACCUACACCGUUUCGGACAAAACAUCUGGUACAACGCUUACCUACGACAUAGAUUCUGGAGACACAAACGAUGAUUUUACGAUCUCUUCCGCCGGCGUGCUUAAAGUAGCAACGGGAAAGACGUUGGCUCAGAAAACCACUGGUGGCUACGAACUGACGCUGUCGGUGACGGAAUCCGGAUCAGUCGCAGGCGAUGGAUUUACCACAGUCUGGAUUGCCGUGGGCACAUGCGGGAGCUCUGCAGUGCACGUGGCGGCGACUAUGGGGGUCACUUUGCUUGCACUGGUCGCUUCCGUUUUCGCAUAGAGAGGGGCAUUUGGAGAUGAACGCAGACAGUCGUUGUAUGGCUGUAGUGUUGGCAUUCGCAAACAUUGUAAACAAAAUAUAUAAGACACGCACGUGCUAGUUUAUUGAAGUAAAAGUGCGUUAUAUAAUAACGAAAAACAAUUUUAACUUGCUUUUUAACAAAUAUAAUAACUUGAGUAAACUACAUCUAUGUGUUUUGACUAUCACUGCAUUUGUGUUUAUUUUAGAAAUCGGCACAUUAACUGUUACACUUCUUUCGAUUUCAAGGCAAAUAUAUUGGGCGAUGUUAAUACUAUAUUUUGUUUUAUGGACAUGUAAUGGCGUUGUCGCGUUGAUUCCACUCGAUAUGUUCUCUUAUGUUGUUUGUAUUUGCAUAUUUUCGUUUGUAUGUUAAUGUCAUUAACACCUGUCAUACCUUUAUUCGGUAAGGGGUGCCAGUAUGAAUGUCUUCAGGGAUGUGAAAUUUGGCUGCCUCUCACCUUCUAAACUUUGCCUUUUGUCUUGUUCUCGAGUUAUAUAGUGUAUAUGUGAAAACCAAUAAAAACCUGUGUUGUGUGCA